AUGAGUAGCAGCAACAGCAACACCACAGCCACAAGCAACAACAACACCGGCAGCAGCUGCAGCACUACCAGCAGCAGCAACACUAACACUAGCAGCAACUGCAACACCAACACCAACUCCAGCAGCAGCAACAGCAGCAGCAAAGCAGCAGCACCAGCAGCAGCAGCAGCAGCAGCAGCAGCAGCAGCAGCAGCAGCAGCAGCAGCAGCAGAGUUACUUGGCGACUCGUUCUGGGUAUUUUUCUUUGAUUGCAAAUUCCAUUCCCCAGGGCACGGAUAUCAGCUGGCAGCAGCAGCACACACAACACACACGCAUGCAGCAGCAGCAGCAGCAGCAGCAGCAGCAGCAGCAGCAGCAGCAACAGCAGCAGGAGAAGCAGCAGCAAGGGAGACAGUAGCACAAACAGCAGCAGCAGCAGCAGCAGCAGCGCCAAGAGCAGCACCAGAAGUGCAGAUAGCAACACAGUAA